GGGGAGAGGCGAGCGGCGGGACUCCGGCACCGCCAGUGCGCGCUGCCAGCCCGACAGCCAACUUCCCCGCUGGAGUUAGUGUAUAAAGGAUACCAUAUAUGCACACACACAUACACACACCUCUCCACCAAGGCGCUCCUCCUCCGCCUCCUCCCUCGACCAACUGCUGGAAUUAAAAUAAAAAGCAAAACAAACACACACAAAAAAAAAAAAACAACAAACCAAGCAAGCGAGAGAGCGAGCGGGAGAGGGAGAGAAACAAUUCGCGAGGUAACGAGAAAUUUCAACUUUUAAAUUUUUUUUUUUACUUUUUUUUUUCCAACCGCCUAAAGGAAAGGUAGAGAGAAAAAAAUGUCUUAUCCAGAGCGUGACUCUAGCAAGAAGGCUCCGACAGGACUCUUGUUUCAAAGGGGACAAAGUGCUCCAGCAACAGCACAACUUUGAGAAAUGCAUCAUCACCACCAUCACCACCAUCAUCAUCACAGGAAGUUUUCUUAGGACACCAACAAAACUUGCAAAUAAAAGAGCAAAAGGAGAUCGAGGAGCCGAGGAGAGCGAGAAAGACAGAGACAGAAAAAGGAAAAUAUACCCACACACAAAGCCUUAAAGGAAGAAGAAAAGGAAAAGUUUCGCUCUGAGAGGGGAAGGCUGAGAGCUGGAGAUGUACUCCUAGGGGAGCGGAGGGGAGAAGGCACGGGGGCUUUUUGAUCCCCCCCCCCUCUUUUUCGCUUUUUAGCCUUUGUUUGGUUUCCUCCCUGCGAGCAGCAAACUCGGGCGAGAAGAAGGAGGAGGAAAAAUAUAUGUACAGCUAAAUAUUUCUCUCUUUUUGGAAAAAGAAAAAAAAAGAAAAGAAAAGAAAAGCGAUUUUUUUUUUAAAAAAAAAAAAGGCGAAGCGAGAGCCGGCGACCGCAAAGAGCGCGCCGCGGAGCGGAGGCAGGACGGCCGGCGGACGGGCGGAGGAGAGCGCGCCGCGGAGCGCUAGCAGGUGAACCCCGCGCCCCGGCGCCCCGGCGAGGCUGGGAAGGCGGCGGCGGCGGCGGCGGCGCGGGCGGCGGCCCCGGCAGCGGCCCCGGCAGCGCCGGGCAAGGGCGCUCGCGGCGGGCGCCCGGCAGCCGGCGGCGGCGGCGCGGAGGCGCGGCGGGGGCGAGCGGCGGGCGGCGGGCGCGGGAUGGCCGCGGCCACCUCUAACCCCUACCUCCCCGGCAACGGCAUCCUGGCGGCCGGCUCCAUCGUCCACGCGGACUCGGGCGGCGGCGGCGGCGGCGGCGGCGGCGGCAUGCAGCCGGGCAGCGUGGCCGUCACCUCGGUAGCGGGCGGCUACCGCGGCGACCCGGCGGCCAAGAUGGUCCAGAGCGACUUCAUGCCGGGCGCCAUGGCCGCCAGCAACGGCGGCCAUAUGCUGAGCCAUGCCCACCAGUGGGUGACAGCCCUGCCCCACGCCGCCGCCGCCGCCGCCGCCGCCGCCGCCGCCGCCGCCGCCGAAGCGGGCUCGCCCUGGUCCGGCAGCCCCGUGGGCAUGACGGGCAGUCCCCAGCAGCCGCCGCCGCCGCCCGACGUCAAGGGCAGCGGCGGGCGCGACGACCUGCACUCGGGCGCGGCGCUGCACCACCGGCCGCCCCACCUGGGCCCCCCGCACCAGGGGCACCCGGCGGCCUGGGGGGCGGCGGCGGCCGCCCACCUGCCCUCCAUGGCCGGCGGGCAGCAGCAGCAGCAGUCGCUCCUCUACUCGCAGCCCGGGGGCUUCACGGUGAACGGCAUGCUGAGCCCCCCCCCCGGCGGGCAGAGCCUGGUGCACCCGGGGCUGGUGCGCGGCGAGACGCCGGAGCUGGGUGAGCACCCCGGGCACCACCACCACCACCACCACCAGCACCCCGGGCACCACCCGCCGCACCACGGCGGCGUCAACAGCCACGACCCGCACUCGGACGAGGACACGCCGACCUCCGACGACCUGGAGCAGUUUGCCAAGCAGUUCAAGCAGCGGCGGAUUAAGCUGGGCUUCACCCAGGCCGACGUGGGGCUGGCGCUGGGCACCCUCUACGGCAACGUCUUCUCGCAGACCACCAUCUGCCGCUUCGAGGCCCUGCAGCUCAGCUUCAAGAACAUGUGCAAGCUGAAGCCUUUGUUGAACAAGUGGCUGGAGGAAGCCGACUCCUCCACGGGCAGCCCCACCAGCAUCGACAAGAUCGCCGCCCAGGGCAGGAAGAGGAAGAAGCGGACCUCCAUCGAGAUAAAGGGAUUUAGAAGGACUGAGCAUCUGCAGCUGCACUUAUCUGAACUUCUCCUCUCCUAAAUCCGUUGCCAACUUUGAUUGAAUGGGUGCUGUGGAUGUGAUUAUAUAAUACUGCCAUUUCCAAGCAGUGUUUUUGGUAGGUUUUAAUAAACAGACUUUUCAAAAAGACGGCAAUAUAGAAUUGUUAGAUCCGUUGUUGAUCUAAAAAAAAAUUUGCUUUAUAUUUUCAUUAAAUGACUUCUUUUAAUAUUUUAUUCAGAAUACCUAUGAACUGCUGCAAAACGGUAAUUUAUUUUUUCCCCAGAUCUUGUAUUACGUGUUUUUUUCAGACGAGCACAAAUCAAAAUGAAAUGAAAAUAUGGACAGUUGUUAGGUAAUAAGGGUAUCUUUUGAUGUGAUAAUUUGAUUGUAAUUUAAUUUGAGUAGUGAUUCCGUAAGAGCUGAUUGAGAAAAUAAAUUUGUUAGAAUGAAAUAGUCUGUGUCUGAUGCAUAAACACUGUGUCGAGAAAAAAAAAAAAAAAAGUUCUCUGAAGGGAAAUACUGCAAAUGCUGAAGUGAGAGAAAAAUCGAGGGUCCGACCUGCUGGCUGCACGCCCCCCGUGCUCCCUGGCAGUGCCGCCCUCCAGCAUCCCUGCCGCUGGCACUCUGUGCCCAUCCCUCCGCCGAGCCAAUGCCCAUGGCCUCUUCCAUCAACCCAGGGACCCUUGUGUCAUGGGGAAGGAAGGCGAGAUUAGAGAUCAUCAAAGGCCACCUUCUCUCAGAAGGGGCUGUGUCGGUUUGAUUUAGGCUCGCACUUCGGUGCGGGCGAUGCCUGAGCCUACCCGCUGAUCGUGAAUGGCCGAUGCUGAGAGCAGGGAUGUUUCCAAAAGUUCAGUCUUGUUUUCUCUCUUUUCAAACUGAGGCUUGAGGGGGAGGGGGGGCUAGGCUAUAAUUUAUUUUGACGCAUUUUAUGUCUGUAUAAAUAUUUGUAUUUAAUGUAUCUUUAUAAUUUAAGGAGAAGGUACUUUUUUUUUUUCCCCCCAAAGGGACCUAUAUAGAAUAAUACUUUCAGCAUCCUACCUGCGGUCCGCCUAAUUCAGCGUUUCUGUUGUUGCUGUUGCUGUUGUUGUUGUUGGUUUAGGGUUUUUCUAUGGGAUGUGAAGUGGUGUAGUCUAGUUUUCUCCUUCACUCUGCCAUAGCGCUGCCGUACCUUCUUUGCAAACAGACGCGUGUGUUAGUAACGUCGGAGAUGCCAAUAGAUGCACUAGCUAGCCUGUCAUAUUUAUCCGCUAUAAUUUAUUGCAAUGUAGGGACAAGUGAAUGACCGUUUCAACUCUCUUCAUAUUGAAGCGGGGAGGUUGUGGGAACUAGAGAGCUGCAUCUAACGCCUCCACCCGCCCCCACUGAUACUCUACCGGAGAAUAAGGUUUUCUUUUAUGAUGCAUGUCGUCCGUGGCUCCAUCCUCACCAUCCUCUCCCCCACCCCCGUCCGCGCGCCCCCCCCCCCCCCCCGCUUUGCUUCUCUGCGUGCUAUUGAGGCAGGGGUUAAACCCCCAGAAAACUGCUGUAGGAACAACAAACAUUUUUUUCCUUUCAGAUAGGCCUUGUGUCAGUCCAUAAAUCAAAGCCAACCGGAGAGCCGUGCACCGGGAUGCGUUAUUUUAACACCAGCUCGUAGUAAAUAUCACCGUCGGUUUGAUUUGUGAAAUCCGAAAGGCCCCACCGACACGGAGAGAAGGGGGGGGGGGGAGGGGGGGGAAACAAAAAAAACCCCAAUCAACCCAACAAAGGAAAAGAAAACGCGAAAGGGUAAAGGAGGCUCUUUCUUUUGUUCGUUUUAGCAAAAGCUCCUGGCUAAUUUGGCAGCUCGGGAGGGAAAAGGCCGGGCGCAGGAGGCUGGCGGGCAGGCUGGCAGCGCCGGGCUCCUCUCCGGGUGCCGGGUACCGUUAGCACGUGAGGUGGGGUCCUGUUUUUCACACAUGAAGGGGAGCGGUUUAUUAGACACGGAGAAGGUCUAUUUAAAUUUCUGAGUGGUAUUUGGUUACUGGAUUUGGAUGGCAACAAAGAGCUAACGUUAGGCUUCACACUGGUUUCUAUUAAAAGGCAACCUUUGCGGGUUGCUGCCUAAGAAAAGCUGGGAUUUAGGCUGGAGGAGUAACGUUUGGUCGGAGGGACUGGCAAAAUGUGCCCCUUCCGUGGGCUUGUUAUGCACAAAAAGUGAGGCCACGGGCGCUCUCCUCCCCAAGUCCGUGUCCCCCGUCCCCCCCCGCCCCCGCCCCCGAGAAACUGAAUCCUUUGAAUGUAUUUAGGAAUUUCAGGGUUGUGAGUCUAUGAGAUAACAAGAGGUAGAUAAUAAGUGAGAGGGUUUGCGCUAAGGGUUAUAUUGUUACACGUGUAAAUAAUGAAAAUAUUGUUAUAUAUCGCCAGAUCUCUUAAUGAAUUUAGUAAUUGUAUUCAUUUAUAAUAUCAGUGUUCUGUGCUUGGUAACUGAGUCGGCAUAAUUUUCCUUACUCUUUUUUUUUUUUUUUUCCUUUCCCUGCGUAAAGGAAAGCCAAAUGUUUUAUAAAGUUAUGUUUGAUCAGUCUGGGUAAUCCCGAGAUGUGAUUAUUUAUAGUUUACAUUUUCAUAUCCUGCGGUCCUCUACUACGCCCCAGUCUUCUCACUCACAUCCCAUCCUUUCCUCCGUCGAGUCUGUACACAAUAAAUCAUUUUCAGGUGUAUUUAAAAUAGUCAUCUAACUGCUGUUGAUCCGCAUAUUUUCCGGAAUUUAGCAAAGAGCUUUACCUUGGUUUAAAAACCGCAGCGGUUCCUAUCGGAUCUUUACAGAAUCCUUAUGCUUUAAUGUAGUGACUCGUGUUUGCACAUUACAAUGCUCAUAACUUGUUUUGUAUGAAUGGUUUUAAAUGGAACGUUUAGAGAAUAAUCGGUUCUAAUAUGAAAUGCAGUAUAUACUAUUGAUAAUUUUAUCAAUAAGUGUAAUAUUUUAAAUAAUUUUAACAAUUAAAUUUGUUUUUUUAAAUUAUAUAUUUGUAAAAUAUUU